ACAUAACUAUUGUCUGCAGCAGCCUCUGGUAGAAAUGCUUUCAUCAACUGACAGUUUACUGUCAGCACAAUCAGAUCAGAAGGUGAUCACUGUGUUUGUUAAAUUGUUAAUCUUCUGGUUCUAUUUUCAGAUCUCAAGUGUGAGGAAGGUCCAGAGCGGCAGAGACCAAGUGCCUGUGAGGAACAUCCGAGUUGAAGAGGAUGGAUUUCAGAUCAGAGUGGCUCUGUGGAGGGAGGCAUCGGUCCAGAGCAUUUUGGUAGGAGACAUGGUGUCAGUCUCCCAUCUGAAGGUUGAGCCCUCUGCUUAUGGUCGACAAUUAAAGUCGACCAAGUUUACCAGAGUGGAGAAACAGGAGUGCACGGAAUUGAAAGUGGACAUCAUGGGGGUGAUGGACUGCGACUCCAGCCCAGACAUCCUGGAGAUCCUUGCUGAGGAUGGAGAUUUUUUUUAUAUCUCCAAGGAGCAGUGGGAGCCGUUUCAGGAACUGAUGUGUAAAGGGCCUGUUACGGUUGAGAUUACUGUUCAUGGGAAAAAUGUAAAGGAGAUCAAAGGCUCCGACUCAUCUUGAGUGCUUCGUUUAUAUGUAAUUGUUUUCCUUUAUUCUUAUAUUUCUUAUUUGUGUUCUAGACAUAGUAUAGUAUAGUUUUUCUUAUCAAAGUCAUCUACUUGAUAGUUAAAUAAUAAUAUUAGAAUUAAUUAAUAAAUAUAUUAAUAUCAAUAAUAAAUAAUAAAAUAAAUAAUAAAUAUAUUAAUUAAUAUCUUAAUAUUUUUUUUCUAUAGCUGCUCAAAUGUUUGUGU